AUGGCUCCAAUGGCGAAUCAGACGGAGAAAAUGGAAGUUGACGAGCCAAAGAUCGAUACAAAGGACAAAGAGGGACAAGACGCGAAAAAAGAGGAAACACCAAAGGAUCUCAACGCGGUCGCGCUCGAGAAUUUGAAGGAACAAUGCGCUCUCUUGGACAAAGGCGAAUACUAUUUGAUCGGUCGAGUGCUUCACGUGUUGCACAAGACGCGCAAGCAAAUCAACACCGAGGUUCUACAUAAGCUCAUCUCGACCACUCCUUUCGCGUCGGCCGCUGACAAGGAGCAAUUGCUGAAAUGGAUCCCGGCUCCACCCGCUAAACCGGCCGCCACUAACGAGAUAGCUCCAAUGGAAGUCGAUGCAAAAGCUUCAAAAUCGCCACGUCCAUUCCGACGCCCAGCUCUGAGCUCUUCUGAAACGGAUCUCUACAUCUACUUGCUCACCAUGUUGCACUUGUUUGAUGUAAACGAUUUGGCAAACUCUGAGGAGGCAGCUAAGCAUUUGAUUCAACGUUUCGAUCAACUUGACAAACGGACAUUGGAUCCAAUUGUCGCCAAGGCUUACUUCUAUUUGGCGCUGAUUGCUGAGAAGAAUGGCCGGCUCGAUGCGGAAAGAGAUUUUCUGAACGCUCGUCUUCGCACGGCCACCCUUCGAUGCUACACCGAAUCACAGGCGGUGCUCAUCUACACCCUUCUGAGAGCGUAUCUUGUCGGAAAACACUACCCAAGUGCCGUUAAACUUGUUUCAAAGGUGACGUUCCCCGAGGGUGCUUCAAAUAAUGAUCUCGCUCGUUUCCUCUACUACCAAGGACGCAUCAAGGCCAUGCAGCUCGACUAUAACGCGGCUGCUGGAUACUUUUACAAGCUAUUCGCAAAGCUCCCCAGGAUUCAGCAAUUGGAUUCAAGCAAAAUGUACAAAAGUGGAUUGUUGUCGUUGGAUUGCUUCAGGGUGAGAUUCCCGAGCGCUCGUGUUCGUGUUGGCGAUCUUGUCUCAUUCAACGAGAUUGUUGAUGAACACAAUAAGAUCUUCGAGAAAGACGAGACGUUGACGUUGAUUGUUCGACUUCGACAAAAUGUCAUCCGGGCCGCCAUUAAACAGAUUGCUUCCGCGUACUCGAGGAUUUCCAUUAGAGACAUUGCCACAAAGUUGCAGCUUCAAACCGAAAUUGAGACUGAGUAUAUGGUUGCUAAAGCUAUUGCUGAUGGAGGAAUUGAGGCUCAAAUCGUUUCCGAGGGUACUGAUGGAAAACGGUAUAUGCGCAGCAACGAGAUGGCGGACGUUUAUCGAACUGAUGAGCCCCAACAUCACUAUGACAAUCGCAUUCGCUAUUGUCUCGAGUUGCACAACCAGGCCGUGAAGGCGCUCCGUUUCCCGCCCAAAGACAAACCCGAUGUGGAGACGAUUGAACAGCAACGGGAACGAGAGCAACAGGAGCUCGAGUUUGCCAAGGAGCUCGCCGAGGAGGACGAUGACGAUUUC